AAAAACCAAAAAAAAAAAAAAAAUACAACCUGUAAGUUGUGGGCGGGUGGCAACGUUACUGCUUGGGUGUUUAGGGGCUAAUCCAAGACGAGCCAACACAAGCCACAUGCCUCAGGGUCUUGACGUAGUUAUCAGGGGGGGCGAAUGAUUUCUCUCCUGUGCUCGCUACUUCAGCGGCUCGACCCUAGACUAUCAAGGCCAAUAAAUUGGAGAAUAGAAAUCACCCCCUUGUUAUCCUGCCGCUUCGUCUUUAAAUAUCCGAGUAAAAUAAUUCCGCAGCUUGCGAUACAACUUUAAUAAUGUACGUCUAGGUUCGACGGUUUCCCGUGGAUGGAGGAGCGAGGAUUUAAAGUUGCCAGUGAUGAUGCCAUCAUUUCAUGGAAGCCAACGUGUUGCACGAUAAUAAUAUUAUUCUUGGCCAGGCAUGUUCAGCACCCACCAGAGGAUCGAGUGGCUUCUGUAACUCCUGUCCAAGAUCGGCCGUCAUUGAAUUGUGGACCGUUUUGGUGAGAAUUUGUUUUUCUGCUUUGAGCAACAUCAGUAGCGAUGCAGAUGUCACCACGAAAAAAGAAAGAUUGAAAUAUAAAAUAAAUAGAAUAAUAUUUUUUCUCUCUUCAACACCCCAUUGGUAUGUUUGUUCUCUUGCUUCCAACGACGAGACUGGUUCAGGAUAAUCCAACCAGCAAGAUUUCCCGGUUUUUUUACUUUUCGUUUCGUCGAACCUAGAGGGCUGAGAACGGGUUGCGGAGGGAGGAAACAAAAAAGGAGCCCAGAAAUUCCCCCGUCAUCAAACCCAAGCAGACUUGGCCCCGGUGGCCCGGCUGUGUGUAGCGCGGCGUGUAGGCAAGCUGGUCGAGCGUGGUUGGCUAUCUGUCUGCCAUCUGGUAGGGGUUUAAGCGGAGACAAACCAGGCCCGUAUAGCGCCGAACUCUGGCUGGCAUCGAUCGGCUUAGCCUGAUUGUAACUACGCUGGAGCGGUGCGGCGGUGCGUUUAUGAAUAAUAAUUACUUCAACGACAUCGAACUUGUUGUCGGCUCCCAACUCUCCAGCCCGUUUCCCCGUAGACGUAGAGGUUGAUUCUUGUCUCCUGUCUUUCUUUUUUUUAUCUCAUUCAGCUUCCAAUCCUCUCCCUCCCCCUCUACUCCUCGUCUCCUCUUUCAACCGUCAGUUUUUCCAGCUCUGUCGUUCGUUGCGUGCUGGCGUCAGCUAAUACCUGACCUUUGUUGUCUUCUUGCAUUUUCCAAUUUUUCUCUUUGCUUCGUUUUAUAAAGCUUCGUCUGUCUUUGUUUCGGGCUUGCUUCCUCAGCUAGACCACCACCCGAUUUAGGUUCUGGUGUCUUGGUCCGUAACCUUCAAGGCGAACCAUGCUGGCCUGCCAUUGAUAUCACAGGUGCUCUCUCUGUCUGUGGACCCCGGACAUCAAGAGAAUAGUUCCCUAGGGCCGAGAAAGGGUGUUUCCCUUUCGACGGUCCAGUUCAAUAGCCAUGGCGGUACUCUCUGGUUUCGUCGUCCCUUAUAUACUCGCCCUUCUCUAUCUUAUUCCAGUCGCUCUAUCGUUUGACCUCUGCUCUUCUACAAAUACCGGAUCUAAGUUCGACUCGGUACUCGACCUAUUUCAAUCAGACGGAGCCUGCACGAAAACCUGCUCGAGAAAAUAUUCUGUUGCAAUUCUACAGGGCAAAUUUUGUUGGUGUUCCGACAACGUGCCUGGUGGCACUAUCGAUAAUAACGCGUGCAGCGAACCAUGUCCUGGGUACCCGUCAGACAAGUGCGGUAAUUCUCAAGAGGGUCUAUACGCAUAUAUACUGCUUAAGAAGCCCUCUCAAACCAUCGGCUCGAUAACUAAAACCCCGAUGUCGACCCAAACGCCAACAUCAACAUCAACAUCUGGCACGAGCUCGAGCCAAUCCGCCGACUCUAUAGCAAGCGUUACACCGACAGAACCUCCCGGCCAAAACGAUGAAGCCACAUCUAGUUCAUCCUUAAGCGGCGGAGCGAUCGCGGGCAUUGUUGUUGGUACAUUGCUGGGCAUUGGCGUCAUAGUUUCCGCGAUAUUAUGGCUCUUCUAUAUUCGUCGACGUCGGGAAAGGGAAGACUCGAAGGUUGGUAUGAACGGCUAUGACCACCCGGCGUCGUCUCCAAGCUUCCACACCUCCAUCCAGAGUCCAGCUAUGACCUACCAAAGAAGCCCGUCCAUGAAUGGACCAAUGGGUAUGCACGAUCGAAAUCUACUCGGCGUAUCGGGAUUUACGGAUAGUCGCAUGAAAAAGGACGCCGCUAUUUAUCCGAAUGGAAAUCGUCAGAGCAAUGUUUCUCUACAGGACAAUCAGGAUUACUCAAGACCUGUAUUAAGAUUAACCAACCCGGACCCAUAACACCCAACCACACCCUCACUCCACCAAAACCCCCCUUUCUCGCUCACAAAACACACCGCUGCAUAUAUUUUCUACGGCCCCAUAUGAAAUACCGGACUCCUUUGUUCAUGAUACCCUUUCUCAUUAAUUGCAUCGUAAUUGUCAUUCCCACCAUAAACCCUUAACGGAAACCUACCUACCCAUCGAAAUCCUCCACCCAUCCCCGAAAUCCGAAAUCCGGCUAUACCGAACCAAUCUGAAAUAAAUAAAAUCCACAGCGGGCAAUCCCAUUUUCCCCAUAGAAAAAAAAUAAAAAAAAUGGUUUAGCUUAGUGGAACAAGAUGAAACGAAUUUCUUUUCUAAACAAGUCCAAACCAGAGAUAGAAUAUUCUCCUUUUCUUCUCUAACCAUUCGCCACCUUCUGUCUCUCUUAUCUCUUUUCCCUUUGUCUCCUUCAUUGUAUCCGCUUGUAUCCGUCCCUAUUAUAUUUUACUAUAUCAUCCCCCCAACCAUAAAACGGGAGAGGGCGUACGUUUUUUGCUCAUAAAUCUGUGCCUUGUUCUAUUUUCUUUGCUGUUCCCAUAUUGUAGGAACUUUGUAUGUACCUGAAUUAAAAAGGAGCACGGCAUGGAAAUGGAAGGACUUUUUUUUCUUUCUUCUCUCGUCUUUGUCCUCUCGUGCUUUCUUCCUGCGCCACUACUACUACUACCUCCCCCAUAUUUCAGCCACGAUUUAACACAUACCAAAACCAAACAUACACAUGCACAUUGUACCAAUACAUAAAGCACAAACAGCAGAUAGCAGAAAGCAGAAGCAUAUAUUAUAUAUUGUAUUUUACCCCAUUUUUUAGAGUCUUUCCCUUCCGUUGGCCAAAUCAGCUUCACGUUUUUGUUUUUCAAUGGGGGAUUUUCUACCCCCUUCAAACUUUAAAGCCCCUUUUUCUGUCAUCCACUAGCCAACCCGCCGCGCCGAUUCUUAUCCGCGCGAUUGAGCAUCGUGAUAUGAUAUCUGAUGGGGUAUUGACUGAUAAUCAAAUCUAUUCAGAGAUUGUGUGAAUUCCCCAGACGCAUUUUCAUUUCAUUUUUUUCUUACGCCCUGCUUUCUUCUUCAAGAAGGGAUGAAGAGGGGAGGGGUUGGGUUGGUCUGAUGGUUAGAAGAUAAGUUUCUGACUCCCCCCCCGUCUGCUCGAUAUUGAUAUUGCUUUGUAUAGAAGGUUAAUUCAUUCCAAUUUGUACGUACAUGUACAUGUACAGUGCAAAAGAGUUGCUAGUACUUGUGUGAUUAGUAUUAUGUGUCCAUCUUAAAUUGAUUAUCCGGCGUAAUACAAACGCCUAUAUUAUAUAUAUAUCUGGCUUAAUUUAUCACUUUCCUUGACUUGACCCCUUUUAUUUCAGGGGGAACUAAAAGGUAACAAACAAUAACCAAAUUAACAUAGAGAUUUCUGCCCAUAUUCGAAAGCCUGCUUUUCUUUGAAUAAUUUCCCUUCGCUAUCAAGGGAGACAGAGAGGGCCUUACGUUGUGCAUGCUGCAUCUAUCUCAUCUAGCAGUGGGUCGUCUUUUACUCUUUUCUUGCAUUUAUAUGAUGUCUGUAGGUGAUUCCGGCUGGUUCGCUCCCUAGUGUAAUAGUUUUAAUUGCUAUCCAUCAUGGUCACCAUACGCUUGAGGUUCAGCUCGAGAACUAAAUUUUGAAUGCGAAAUUGAACCUUCAAAAAAAGGCGUUUUUUACUACCGUGGCGUGGGAGGUCCCAUUCCCUGCGAUUUCCGAACGGGGAGAUCUCGAUGAAGGGAAAUACUUGUGAAAAAGGCGCCUUCGUCACUUCAUCAAAUACAUAAUAAUAUUCCAUAUCUGGGUAUCCAUCCAGCUUUGCUUUUGCGUCGUUCCAUCAAGAAACACGGCUACAUAAAGCAAGAGUUACUUGACGCGCAUAACUAUAGUCCCAAAAAAAAAGAGAAAUUAAUAAACAGCAUGUACAAAUAGGUCCCCUAGAUACAAAUAGAUAAUCAUGCAGGACUCGUCGGCUCCCACGGCAGCAGAACCUUGUUGUUCGCAGGUGCUCUCCGCUGCGUAUCCCUCUCCAUAUUCUGCGAGUUCACCCGCACCUCCAUCGUCUUCAGGAUUCCCCUGGAGUUAUGACUCCGCUCACCACUACCACCUCGAUCGCCCCUACUCACGUCAUCCGACGCACCUUUUAUAAUAGCCUCUUCGCUCCCGUCGUCGCUCCUGCGCCCGUUAGGCGGUGACGUCCGUGUCCAGCCGUCCGUCACGGUUGUUGUCGUAAAAUCAUCCAUGGUGUACGUGAGCAAGUCACUCUCUUUGUGCUUCUUGAAUGCAUGUCCACUUCCACCGGCGCCACUUGCUCCCUGGUGGAAAUAGCGACGACUGUGAGAGCCGGAUGGUCUGUAGCCGGGUGACGAACCGGGCCGUCUUCCAGAGGGUGUGCGGCCGGUAGCGGCGGUGAAUAGGGGUCCCAGAGUUGGAAUACAAGCGGCGAUUAUAAUUAGGUAUUGCUCUGUUGAGAUCCAGGUUGUUAGGUUUAUUGUUUCAAAGGUGUAGUCUGCGCGGGCGACCAGUUCUGCCAAAAAGAUGGUUUUGACAAUGGCCGCAGCAGUAGCACUGAUUGUACCCCACGGUUGGUUGUUGAUUAGCAUUGGAAGUUUUGUGAAUUGAGUGGAUAUAAUAGAAACUAGAAAAGUAAAAGUAAAAUAAAAGAUGAAC